CUAUAGAUAAGGAAAUAAGUGAGGUAAAAAUCUGAAAUAAUUUGCCCUUCUUCCUAUUAUUAUAGGUAAGAAGCCUGCCAAAUUUCAAACCAUUCCAUCAAUUUUUACCAGAGUUACAAAAUUUAAAGUAAACGAUUAACUAAAUUUCAAGAAGCUUCACACACAAAUACCUUUAUAUUUCCUAGGCUCAUAGACAAGGAAAUUACAUGUUUUAUACAUAUAAAUCAUUCUUAAACAGAGAAUAUUGGUAUACAAAAUUGUUGAAUUACCUGAAAGUCAAUUCUUCCUAGUUCAUAUUUAAGACAUUUAAAAUAAUAUUACAAAAUUGUUUCAAAUACAGAAAAUGACUUCACACAAGCAUGUAUGUAGAAACCAUGUAGAAGACUUGUCGCCGAGCGCAUAGCCCAUGCUACCGCGUCUGUCUAGCGCGAGCCUAUACUACUGCGUCCGACUAAAGCGUAGCCUAUACUACUGCGUCUGUCUAGCUCCUUAACGACUCUGUACUCCUUAACGAAGCCUCGGACAACAUUUUCGCUAAGGAAAAACUUGUUCCAAAUCUUCCUCUCUCCCCCGAACACCCCCUUUCAAGGACCUCCGACGUUUCUGGAAGGAACUGUGAUACAACCUGUAUAAUACAUUCUCGACGUCCUUUCCGCAGGUGGAGCAAGUUCUACAACCGGAUAAAGAGCGAGCAAACGCUGUCGGAGGGAAGCAGACGCGGAAAGGGACGGAACCAGCCGUCGAGAGAGAAGAGAGCGAGAGAGAGAGAGAGAUUUCGCCAUCCUCCCGGAGCUCCGUGGCCGCGUUUGUACAGUGGUAAUGGGCUGUCAGGAGCAGACGUUCGCUGCUCGUGCCUUAUAUACCAACACCGUUACGCUCCUCUUGGGGUCGGUUCCUAUCAGCUUCAAUAUUACUGCACGAGUAAUGCUGCGAUUAGAAAGAAAUGCAUGGAACCCCCGAGCACGUGAAAUCUGCAUUUCAGCCAAAGUGGAUCAAUACCCCAGCACGUUGCAAGGUCCUUGAAGGAUUUCUAUUGAAUAUUCUCAAGUAUCCUUCUUUGAGCUUCUUGGAGAUACCUUCCAUUUUUUCUUUCAGAAAAAUCCUCCCUUCGAAGUUGGACCAGUGCCACGUGUUCGCCAGCCACCCCCAACGUGCCUUUUCCUCCCCGAGUGAUCAAUACUGCGGUCCUCUACACGAAACAGAUAAUUCACUGGACGAAUCGAACUUGUAUAUAUCAUGCGAACUUUGCGAGUUCUCUUUUGGGUUGGUACGAACACGCAGCCACCUAGCGUUCUUUAGCAAUGAACAAUCUGGUGCACGCGGACGCCAUUUUCAAUAUAAGCAUUGGCCACGUCCUAACUUGAUGGCAGGAGAUUUUGGAGCCGUUAAUGUGUUCCUUCCGUCGAGUCCCGAGUAA